GCCCCUGCUUUAGAAAAAAAAAAAAAAAAAAAAACAGAGAAGGAAAACUUCAGAGAAAUGGCGGAGGGUAGUACGACUCUCAAAGGCUUGCGAGCCCAAAUAGCUGCAGCUGCACAGGCACAAGCCGAGGAGCGGCGCAGCCUGGCAGGGAACAGUCCAGGACCUACCACCAACGUACCAGCUAAACCUCAGGGGUGUAGGCCAGUCAUUGACGGUGCUGCACUGAGAAUAGACGACCGACUGCGAGUGGCGAAAGAGAGACGAGAGGAAGCAGACAAACAACACGCUUUGCGAGAGUCUCAGAUCAUGGAAAGGGAGCGUAAGGCCAAGCUACAAGUAGAGCGUCAGAUGGAGGAGCGUCAGAAAAAAGUUGACGAACAGCGAAAAAAGGAGGAGCAGAAACGACUGGCUGUGGAGGAGAAGAGGAAGCAGAAACAGGAAGAGGAAAAGGAGCACUAUGAGGCGGUGAUGCGGCGGACAUUGGAGCGGAGUCAACGAGUGGAGCAGAGGCAGAAAAGAUGGUCCUGGGGAGGACUUUCCACAGACUCAGAUGGACGAACAGGAGACUCUGAUGCCAGCGCCUCAUCUCCCGUAACAGUAGUUAUUUCCCCUGCCUCACCAGAAAAGCCACCAAGGAGUCGACAAGUGGACAAACGCUCCACAUCCACCAUGAACCUGAAACAGCCGUCUGAGGCUGCAAUCAGCAGACGCCUAUCCUCCUCCUCUGCUACCCUCAUCAAAUCUCCCGACAAAAGUGUUAAGCAGAGGAGUUCGUCAUGUAACCGGUUGUCUAGCAAUGGCAAUGCUGCUCAGGCCAGUAAGGAAGACGGCAAAAAGCUUCAGGUGGAACAGACAGGCCAUUCCUUGAAGAAGAGAAGUUCCUCCCUUACACGAGUAAGUGUGGGCAGAGAAAAAACCCCUGCCAGGCCUGAUAAAGGGACAUCGGAUGAUCAAGCUCACAGGCCAACGGCCAGCACUGUGGACGGAGGGGUCCUUAGUCGCCUGCUCACCCCCACCCAGGCCUCACUAGCUAGGAGCAAGAGCGCCGCCGCCCUGUCAGCCGAAGGAAAAGAAACUCCAGAGUGUCACCUGUGUCCUCGCUCAGCCUCUGCCAGUUCCCUGAACCCAUCUCGUGGACCCGUUCGAAGCCGCAGCAUUGACCGGCAGAAGAGCGGCAUGACCACCUCUGUUUCUGCAGAUGGAGCCCUAGACCCCUCACUGAAGGACAAGCAGUUACCAUCACCUGGCAGGCAACGCCCCCCCUCCCCAUCUUCUACUCUGGUACGCAACCGUUCACCAUCUCCAGCUCCCAUUCCAGCCCCAAAGAGGACACCUUCUCCAUCAGCUGCCAAGCAAAAUUCCAAAACACGUCCACCCUCACCGGGUGCAAUGAAACAACGCCCGCCAUCCCCCCAGCCUGCAUCUAAACCACCACCUAUACAGAAACCAGCUCUCACUCCAACAGGACCCCCAACCCUGCGAAAGAGGGACUCUAAGUCCAAGGAUCUGUGUCCUGUCCCCGGUGUAGCUCUGCAGUCCCCUGACUCUAGCAAAUCCAAAGAGAAAGAUGCCUCUACAGGCACCAACUCAGCUGCUGAGGCGGCCAAGAUUCUGGCUGAGAACCGCAGACUGAUGAGAGAGCAGAAGGAGAAAGAGGAGCAGCUCAGGCUACAGAAGGAAGAAGAGGAAAAGUUAAGAAAGGAAGAGGAGGCACGUUUGGCGGAGGAGGCUCGACUGAAACGCCUGGAGGAGGAGGAGAAGCUCGCAGAGGUGAGAAAAAUUCAAGAAGAGGAAGACGCUCGCCUGGCAGAGGAGGACCGGGUGAGACUGGCAGAGGAGGAGGCCGUGAAACAGGCUGAGCUCCAAAAGGAACGUGAGGAGGCUGAGGCCAAAGCCCUGGAGGAGGCCGAGAGAGUCCGUCAGGAGAGAGACCGCAUCAUGCAGCAGAACCAGCAAGAACGAAUGGAGAGGAAGAAGAGAAUUGAAGAGAUAAUGAAGAGGACAAGAAAAGGGGAACAAAAUGACUUGAGGAGAGAAGACGAUGAUGACGAUAAAUGUUCACAGGAGGAUGGAGAUGAGGGAAUGGACCAGAUCAACUCUGACACCCUGAGCCAGUCAGAUGACAUCCCACUGGAGGAAGAUACAGAAGAGUGUGGUCUGUCCUGUGGAGACCUGGGGAACCAACGAGAGGAGCCCCUGGGCAGUGUGAAUGGGAAACCAGAGACAGACGACAAGGAGAAUAACAACGGCAUGAGCACAGAUGAGACUCAGGCUGUAAGUCCGAUCCCUAAGAGUCGCCUCGUUGAAGGCUCGGAGUUCUUGAAUGAGCAGGACUCUGCCAAGGUGGUGUCAGGUGUUAAUGGUAAAUCUACCCAGUGGAGCUUUGAGGAGCUCAAUGAUCUGAACGUCCACUCCAAGACCCGGCCCAUAAUGGAGGCUGAGGACAGUAACCAGGUCUUGAUCAACUGUGAUGGGAGCUCAGAAGGGCCAAGGGUAGCCUUAGAGGACAAGGGAACCCCGGUCAACAACCUGCAUUCCUCUAGUCAACCCUUAGAAACCAUGUCAGAGAUUUGAUGCUACAGACGUCUCUGAGAAGCCUCUUUCUGUUGCACUCGUGAAGUUCCUGUCCAGCUGAGCUCCUUUACAAAAAUAUCCUCCACAAGUUCCAGACAGCUUCUUCCUCUCUCUUCUCUUCUGCCAGAGGGAGGAGUACAAGGUGAAGCAGAACUACCACCCCAAGUGCUACAUUUGCACCCUGAAUGAUGAGCAAACAGAUAUAUAAAUAUUAUACGUACUGGUAUAUAAAGGUUAUGCUUCAGGGAAAUUCCAUAUAUUCCUUCAGUGUUCUUGCUUAAAUUUUCCUUCCCCUCCGUGUUUGUUCUUUCCAGAUGUUUUUUUUUUUUUCUUCUAUGUUGUGUCCAAUUUUGACGAUGUUUUAUAAGAGUUUUGUCUCGUGAGGGGUGCAUUGUUGUAAUUUAUUAAUUUUUGGCUUCUUUACCGUAAUUAUUGUUCUAUGUUUAGUCUUUUCUUUUUUUUUCUCUUGUAUGAAAAUAUUCUAUGACUCUUGUACAUUAGGCUGUGUGAAUUGAAUAUAUGUUAAUAUUGUGAGUUGAAGGAAGGAGAGUUAAUGCAUUCUGUUUGAUAUCUAAAUUUACUUGACUGGCUGCUUUUUGCAGCAUCCAGCAAUAUGGCCUUACUACUAUUUCCCAACUUCUAAUUUCUAAUGUGAAUUUGCUUGUGCUGAGGUCGACACAUUGACAGUUAAUCAGUGAUAUGUCAUGCACAUGCACUUGGGGGUGAAUUCUGUAUUUAUACUUCACUUCAAUUCCCAGGGUUGUGUCCUUCAGCCGGAUAUUUUUGAUGAAAGCACACGUCUUGUCUCCCAGCUUUCCUCACCAUGUGUUCCCUUUUUGGCUAAUAGAGGGCUUCGGGAAGCACAGCUCCAGCUGUUACAUUUAGAGAUGACAAAUGUUGAGAUUCAUGAAUACACAGUAGUUUAAUUUACAUGUUCCAAUAGAGUUAAAAAGUUUGAUAUUUGCUCAUGGUCCAUUUAGUUUACUUUUCUUUUUUAUAUAUGUACAUAGAAUUCAUGUUUACUAACAUUUUUGCAAUUUAAAUCAGAUUCAGAGUUUCAUUAGUUUAAGCCCAAGUGAUGACAGUUGGACCGAACAGCUGUUUGAACAUCUGUAACUGUAACAAGCUCACUUAAUAUACAGAUGAAGCCCAAUAGUUUCCUGUAUGCAUUUAUAACCAAACUUAACUUGAAUGUUCGGCUGUUCUGUCUCAAGUUCACCUUUCCUGAACUGAAAGUAAGGUUUACAUUUAUCUGGUCUUAAUUGAGCUUCAUCAACACAUCAACACACACACACACACACACACACACACACACACACCUUUCCUUUCACAGUUCGGUCUGCAAGACUACUUCAGUAAUUCAAAUGAUUUCCCUCAUCUUUCCAACAGAAUAGCUGCUACAUCUGACAAAUUGCAUUUCAAAUAUUUUUACAAGAUACAAUUUGGCUGUUUGUUUAUAUAAGGAAAUACAUUUCUACAUAUAUUUAAGUGUUAUUGUGUAUAGAAUCAGUAUUAGGCAAACAAAGCCAUGUUUAGGAGGGAGUGGCUUCAGGAUGUGGAUUAUUGAAGUCUCUAUGUGUAUGUGACUAUGCUAUAAGUUAGGUUUCUGUUUGACUCGAACCCUGUGGCAGCCUGGAAACCCAGAGUUCACAUCCCCCCCCCUCCCUCCCUUUUGUGUUUCUUUGUUUUCAAGUUUAUGGUCUUUUAGCUUAACAUGCACAAACCGUAGUUCUGAUCAUCACAGGGACUUCACAGGUUUUGGUAGAGUUGUUGCAGCCCUUAGCAACACAUCUGACAGGAUACACUGCAAGUCAUGGCUGUGCCUCUUCAUGAUGCUUUUAAUGUCAUCAACAGAUGUUUUACAUUAUGUCUGAGGAUAUGUAGAUGUUGGAUAGUAAUGGUAGGCAAAUCAGCUCAGGUCGCAACUUUUAUACUUUGAAAGAUGAGCCAGGGCCCAUUGUAUACAAAAAAGACAUGGGUCAGACUUGUUUUCCAUUUCAGUUCAGGGUAUGUCGUGGAUUUUGUUAGUUUGUCUAAUUUUGCUUUUGCUCUAACAGUAAAAGCAUGAGGUUUGGGGACCUUGAAUUUUGCCUUGUUCUCCGCUGGCUUUCAGACCCUCUUUCUAACAAAAAUCCUCUUGUAAAUAAAAACUAGGGGCUUUAGGUGUUAGCUGUGAUUAAUAAGCUCAAUGAAUGUAACGCCAGACUACAGAGUCCGUCCCUCAUCACUUACCCUGUGUCUAGAAGCUACCCCCCCCGCCCCCCGCUUUAAGCUUUCUCACAUUAUUCAUCUAGAAAGAAGAGACUCAUUGCACUGCCCCAUAUUACUCACUAUAUUUAAAGACUGGUUACCAAGUGUAGCUUUACUGUACAGACUCAAAGAAGAGUGGUGUGAUGUUCUCAAUGGAAAAAAAAAAAGUUGCAAUUAUACGCAGAAACCCCCCCCCCCCCCCCCAAAAAAAAAAAAACCUUCCCUCCUUAUCCUCUCCUCCACCUGUUGAAGGGGACUGUUGUAGCUGCUGCUUAAACCGAUACUGUAUCUAUUCCAGGUCCUGCUGCAUCUUAGAGGGCUACAAGACAGAGCUCACUGUCCUCAAUGUUGUCUUUAACAAUAGGAUAGACCGGUGCCUUAGAUUGAGAUUUAGUAUUUUUAUGUAUCACAGUUAACUGAGAAAGCUUGUCCUUACCUCAGCCUCGACAAUCAGCCCACCCGACCUGAGGGGGCUUUGUGAAUACAAAUAUUUUCUCUGGAAGAUUUACUAAACCUUAUAACCCCCUGUCUGCUAAUUCGAUGUGUACUGUACAUAUAUCUAAAGUGUACUGAGAUGAGACAACCCGUCAAAAAAAAUAAAGUCUUGCUAAAAUA